GUUAUAGUAUCAAAUCAAGUAUCAUAUUAAAACGAGUAAACAAAGAACAGUAGACUAGUAAAAUAUUAUAUUAUUUAUCUAUGAUAUAAAACUUUCAACUUUAAAUAUAAACACUGUGUAUUGAUUUAAAUUGAGUGUUUAUGACCCAGUAAAGUACUUGUUUUUUACCCAGUCUACUUGUUAGUAAUGGAAUUUAACAUUGAAAUUAAGGAAAAAUUUGUUAAAUGUGACCAAAGAUAUAUAGGGAAUCACCUUUCCACAUCAACAGAUCUUACUGAUUUGAAGAAUGAACCAGAAGGUAAUUCAACUAUGACAUUAAAAACUGAAAAUAAGGAAGAUUUAGUUGAAGAUGAUCCUAGAUAUCAAAAAAGUCAACUGUCCACAGCCUUUGAUCUAGGAGACUUUAAGAAUGAAGCAGAUGAGUACAACUCAGCUAUGACAGUAAAAGCUGAAAUUAAGAAAGAUGUUGAAGAUGAUCCUAGAUAUCUAGAGAGUCAGCUGUCCACUGUGCUUGAUUUAGGAGACUUAAAGAAUGAAGCAGAUGAAUAUAGUUCAGGCACUUUUGAUAUGGAGUAUACAUCGGAAAUCUUGAAAUCAAUACUUAUGGGUUCAUGUAACAAAAAAAAUUAUAAUAAAAAAGAACAAUUCAUGGACCGAUCUGCUAAAAAAAAAACGUUUACAUGUGAAAUUUGUUUGAAACAAUUUGGUGUAGCAGGUAAUUUGAAACAACAUAUGAGAAUACACACUGGAGAAAAACCUCACAAGUGCCAAAUUUGUUUUAAGCAGUUUACUCUUAAAGGUACUUUACAUCGUCAUAAGAAAAUCCACACAAUUAAAAUCCACACAGUAAAAUCCUACAAGUGCAACAUUUGUUUUAAGCAGUUUACUCAGAAAAAUACUUUAUCUAAUCAUACAAAAAGUCACACUGGAGUAAAACCUUACGAGUGCGAAGUUUGUCAUAAAGAUUUUGGUGUAGCAGGUAAUUUCAAACAACAUAUGAGAACGCAUACUGGAGAAAAACCUUACGAGUGUGAAAUUUGUUUUAUGCAGUUUUCUCAGAAAAGUAAUUUAAAACGACAUAAAAUAUCGCACACUGUAGAAAAGCCUUAUAAAUGCGAAAUUUGUUUUAAGCCGUUUACUCAGAGAAGUUCUUUAUAUUACCACUCAAAAAUUCAUACUGGAGAAAAACCUCACAAGUGCGAAAUUUGUUUUAAGCAGUUUACUCGGAAACAUACUUUAUAUACUCAUACAACAAUUCACACUGGAGUAAAACCUUAUAAGUGCGAAAUUUGUCAUAAAGAGUUUGGUUUAACAGGUGCUUUGAAACAACAUAUGAGAACGCAUACUGGAGAAAAUCCUUACGAGUGCGAAAUUUGUUUGAAGCAGUUUUCUCAGUCAGGUAAUUUAAAACAACAUAAAAGAACCCAUACUGGAGAAAAUCCUUACGAGUGCGAAAUUUGUUUGAAGCAGUUUUCUCAGUCAGGUAAUUUAAAACAACAUAAAAGAACCCAUACUGGAGAAAAUCCUUACGAGUGCGAAAUUUGUUUGAAGCAGUUUUCUCAGUUAGGUAAUUUAAAACAACAUAAAAGAACCCAUACUGUAGAAGAUCCUUAAAGUGCAAAGUUAGUUUUAAGCAGUUUACUACACCAACUUAUUUGAAACAACAUAAGAAAUCGCACACUGAGCUGUUAUUUGAUUUGGACCCAAGUAUCAGAAUUCUAAGGCAAAAAGGUGAUGCGAA